GUCAUAAGCAAAGUAAAUAUUUUGAAACGAUUACACACACACACAAAUUCAUAGCCCUAAAUUUGUAGUUACUACAAGUCAAGUCAAUUGAACCCUAAGCCAUGCCAGAGACGACGGAACGAAAUACAAGCUAUGGCCAGAGGCGUAACAGCUCCCAGCUCUCGACCAGAACUUUGGUCAACAGACGUGCGACGGGUCCACGCCAAGCCACAGACUUUACCAGUGUGCAGAAUCUCAAACUCAAAGCUGGCGAUAUGCGUAUGGCGCGCAUGCAAGUUAGUCUAACCAAGCUGCGACUGGAAAUGGAGCAGUCCAAUAAGCUCAUCGAGCAAAUGUGCCAGGAGGCGCAGUUGGAUCUGAAGUCGUACAGCAAGCCAAAGCAGUAGUUGCUUCUAUAUCACAAUUUUAUGCAUGUCUUGUCUUAUAAAAAUCUUG